AUGGGACGUGAGGCAAAUGAGAAUGAAGAGAAAGGAGACAAUACUGCUUUGCUUGAUGAUGAUACCUACUUCUUUGUGCUAAGUCUGGCUCUAGUGAUGGCCAUCUAUAAAAAAUCAUCAAAGAAUAAACAGCGAUAUUUUAGCAAUGAUCUAAAGGCAUUACUAUAUGCUUUUGGAGAUUCGGCUGCACCUAAUGCAGAGACCAUACAAACACUGGAAGAUGUGCUUACCUCAUAUUUAAUAGAUGUUCUCAUGGAAGCCAAUAAAGUGCGACAAAUUCAGAAACGAACCAAGUUAAAGGUGGAUGAUAUCGAAUUUGCAUUACGUAAGGAUGCUGUGAAACUCGGAAGAGUAUAUGAUUUACAGGAGAUGGAUAAACAGAUUACUAUGGCCAAAAAGAUGUUCGAUGAGGAAGCUGAAAAGCCUGAAAGGGACGAAGGAAAGAGAAAGAAACGGAAGAGGGCUGCUGAAGAGAGUAGCUGA